AUGGAAAGGAGGUUCUGGAAAUUGUUGAAGAAAUUUGUGUUGUCGGAAAAUGUGAAUAUAGAAAGCAUUUCUGCUUUUUAUGAAGCUGGGGUGCUGACUGUUAGAGUAGAGAAGAUGCCACCGCCGGAGCCGAAAAAACCAAAGGUGAUUGAAGUUAAGGGCGGGGCGGAAGGCGUGGCUGAGAAACAUGAGAAUUAUGCCAAAGUUACUGCAAUAAAAUCGAAUUACGUUGGAUCUUCUCUACACGGGGAUGAUAAUCUUUCACAAUGUGAAGCUGAUAGUAUGAUGUGUGGAAGAGUUUGGAUUGUGUGGGUGGUGAUUAUGGUUUUGUGGUGGGGUUGCAGAAGAACUAUGGGGGAGGUCGAGGAGUAUAUGAUGUACAAGGAUGCGAAACAGCCAAUUGGAGUCAGGGUGAAAGAUCUACUUGGUAGAAUGACAUUGGAAGAAAAGAUUGGACAGAUGGCUCAAAUUGAUAGGACUGUUGCCACUGCUGAUAUCAUGAAGAAUUACAACCUUGGAAGCGUAUUAAGCGGCGGUGGAAGUACACCUCUUCCACAUGCUACCGCUGCAGACUGGGUUAACAUGGUGAAUCACUUCCAGAGGGGGUCUUUAUCUACACGUCUAGGGAUUCCUAUGAUUUAUGGGAUUGAUGCUGUUCAUGGACACAACAAUGUCUAUAAUGCCACCAUAUUCCCACAUAAUAUUGGGCUUGGGGCUACCAGGGACCCUGAACUUUUGCGAAGGAUAGGUGAUGCAACUGCAGUUGAAGUCAGAGCUACCGGAAUUCCUUAUGCAUUUGCUCCUUGCAUUGCAGUCUGCAGAGAUCCGAGGUGGGGUCGGUGUUACGAAAGUUACAGCGAGGACCCUAAGAUAGUUGAAGAGAUGACAGACAUUAUACUUGGGUUGCAAGGUGAAAUCCCAAAUGGUUCAGAGAAGGGUGUCCCUUAUGUUGCUGGAAAGAACAAGGUAGCAGCUUGUGCAAAGCACUUUGUUGGUGAUGGAGGAACGACCAAGGGCAUAAAUGAAAACAAUACUCUGACUGACACGCAUGGAUUGCUCAGCAUUCACAUGCCUGCCUACCAUGACUCGAUUAGUAAGGGUGUCGCAACAGUUAUGAUUUCUUACUCCAGCUGGAAUGGUAAAAAGAUGCACGGAAACCAUGAAUUGAUUACUGGAUUUCUGAAGGGUAAACUUGAGUUCAAGGGUUUUGUUAUCUCUGAUUGGCUGGGCAUUGACAGGAUCACCUCUCCACCACAUUCAAACUACACUUACUCUGUUCUAGAAAGUGUUCUAGCUGGCAUCGACAUGAUUAUGAUCCCAUACAAUUUUACUGAGUUCAUAGAUGAUCUCACAUAUCUGGUCAAGAAAAACUUUAUUCCAAUGGAGCGUAUUGAUGAUGCUGUGGGGAGAAUUUUGCUAGUCAAGUUCACUUUGGGACUCUUUGAGAACCCCCUUGCUGAUCUUAGUCUGGUCAAUGAGAUUGGAAGCCAGGCACACAGAAAUUUGGCAAGGGAAGCCGUAAGGAAAUCGAUCGUUCUGCUAAAGAAUGGGAAAAAUGCAAAUGAUUCAGUAUUACCCUUGCCUAAGAAAGUGAGCAAGAUUCUAGUUGCUGGUAGCCAUGCUGACAAUUUGGGUUAUCAAUGUGGUGGAUGGACUAUAGCUUGGCAGGGGUUCAGUGGCAAUAGCUACACAAGUGGUACAACAAUACUUAGCGCAAUUAAUUCUUCAGUUGAUAAAGACACAGAAGUUAUCUACUCCGAUAACCCUGACAGUGACUACGUCAAAUCCCACAACUUCAAUUAUGCUGUCGUCAUUGUUGGGGAGCACCCUUACACAGAGACUGCAGGGGAUAGCCAAACUCUCACAAUGGCUGAUCCUGGACCUGAUGUUAUAAAAAAUGUCUGUGGGGCCGUCAAAUGUGUUGUUAUCAUCAUAUCCGGUCGACCAGUUGUUAUUGAACCGUACAUUUCAGGAAUUGAUGCACUUGUGGCAGCCUGGUUACCUGGUAGCGAAGGUCGAGGUGUGACUGAUGUUAUCUUUGGAGACUACAGUUUUACGGGAAAACUUUCUAGGACUUGGUUCAGAACUGUAGAUCAGCUCCCAAUGAAUGUAGGGGAUUCACACUAUGAUCCACUUUUCCCCUUUGGAUUUGGACUCACAACUAAAACAAUAGUGUCCAGAUCAAUAUCAGCUGGUGUCGAUGGAAGGCCUUAUGUACCCGUCUUCAUGAUUUUUGAUUUUACUCUCCCUGGGAUCUCUUUCUCUCUCCGGGAUCCCUUUCUGUCUCCGUCACCUACAGACAUUAUGGCUGAAUUUGAUCCUAGUUUUAAUGAAAGUGAACGAGCACAUGAAUAUGAACUGAAAAUUCAACAUGAACAAGAACAAGAACAAGAACAAGAACUAGUACAAGAACUAGAACUAGAACAAGAACAAGAACACCCAGAUGGAAUACCAGAGAACUCGCAUCCUGUUGAAAACCAGGAUCUCAGAGAUGAUUCAGAUGCUAGAGGCGAUGUAAAAUGGCCAGGGUGGCCUGGAGAGAGUGUUUUCAGGAUUUUGGUGCCUGCACAGAAGGUUGGAAGUAUAAUUGGACGUAAAGGAGAGUACAUAAAGAAAACAUGUGAAGAGACAAGAGCUCGGAUUAAGAUCCUUGAUGGUCCUUCAGGAACAAGAGAAAGAGCUGUUAUGGUAUCUGCCAAGGAAGAGCCUAAUGCUCCUCUUCCUCCUGCAGUAGAUGGUCUCCUCAGGGUUCACAAACGUGUUGUGGACGGGCUGGACGGUGAUUCUUCUCUUGCUCCACCAGGUGCAGGAGGAAAAGUUUCAACAAGGCUGCUCGUUCCAGCUGCCCAAGCAGGAAGUUUGAUUGGAAGACAAGGCACAACGGUUAAAUCCAUUCAGGAAGAGUCCAAUUGUGUUGUUAGAGUUCUUGGAUCAGAAGACUUACCUGGUUUUGCUCUUCAAGACGAUAGGAUUGUAGAGGUACUAGGAGAGCCUGCAGGCAUACAUAAGGCAAUUGAAUUAAUUGCUACACAUCUGAGAAAAUUUUUAGUCGAUCGCAGCAUAAUUUCUAUAAUUGAAAUGCAGAUGCAAAUGCCUAAUUCCGAGAUAGAACACAUGCCUCCUGCCCAAUCUUGGGGUCCGCCACCUCCAGCUUUUACUCCAAGUGCACCUGGAGGUCCUGGAUAUGGAGCUAAUCAUCGUUUCGCCCCACCUCCCAGGCAGUUUGAUAAUUAUUAUCCACCCGCUGACAUGCCUCCAUCAGAAAAACAACCCCAUCACGGUAUAUCUGCCUAUGGAAGGGAAGGGCCAAUGCCAGUGCAUUCUUCAUCAAACCAGUCUGCACCAUCAGUAAUUACUCAGGUCACACAGCAAAUGCAAAUUCCGCUCUCUUAUGCUGAUGCUGUAAUUGGCACACAAGGUUCAACAAUAAGCUAUGUUCGGAGGGUUAGUGGUGCUACUGUUACCAUACAGGAAACGAGGGGAGUUCCUGGGGAGAUGACGGUUGAGAUAAGUGGAACUGCUUCUCAAACUCAAACUGCUCAGCAAUUGAUCCAGAAUUUCAUAGCAGAUGCUGCUGCUCCACCUCAGACCCAAAAUGUUCCAUCGACCGAUCCGGGCUAUAACCCUUACGCAGCCCACGGUUCAGUAUACUCGUCUCCCCCUUCCAAUCCUAAUCUUGCUGGGCAAACCGGACGAUAUGGUUCAGUCUAUGGUGGCAAUUAUGGUUAUUAA